AUGGAGCUUCAAAACUACCAAAAGCCCGACACGUCGUCGUCAUCCUCCGCUUCCCCACGGCUGAAGCUCUUCGGCUUCAACGUCUCCUCAUCCAACUACUCAGAAGAUUAUGAUUAUAAUCAUAAUUACAACAGCUAUUACGAUGAGGACCACCAUCACCGGCACCAAAUCAACGCCGCAGCUGAAUCACUGGAAUCCAGCUGUUUCACUUCUUCCACAUCGGGCCCACCAGCUCCGCCGCCGACGGCGGCAGACGGCGGCGGGAACGGCAGGAAGUACGAGUGCCAGUACUGCUGCAGGGAGUUCGCCAAUUCCCAGGCUCUAGGGGGACACCAGAACGCCCACAAGAAGGAGCGCCAGCAGCUGAAGCGGGCCCAGUUGCAAGCCACACGCAACGCAGCGGCGGCCGCGGCUGCCGCCGUCUCGUUUGCCGGCGGCAUGAUCAGGAAUCCCAUGUGCUCCGCCUUCGCUCCGCCGCCGCAUCUCCUCCCUUCUCCUCCAGCCAGCGGCGCUGGAUCCCUAAUUGGUCCUCCGUCUUGGGUUUAUUUGCCCCGUACCGCGCCGCCGUUCGGGGUCUCCCAUGGCGCCGUGUUCAGUGGUGGAGGGAUGGCCGGGGGGAGCGGCGGCGGCGGCGGUGGUGGGAGAGGCGCGGGGGGAUUUUUGUACGGUGGUGGUGGUGGCGCCGUUGGGGAAUUGGGAUUGUUGGGUGGGCCAGCCCUGCAAGGGAUGGGCGGGUCCCACCACAGUCCGGAUGGGCCGACCUCGCUUAGCAGAUUCUCGAGAGGAGAAGGUGGGCCCAGUUUUGACGACUCGUUGGGCUUGGACUUGCAUCUCAGUCUGGCUCCAGCUGGCCCAUGA